AUGAGGCAAGGGAGAGUCUCUGCGCUUAUCCCAAGUGACACACGAAAUACUGAAGCCGUCGUCUCAAGUACUAUCACUAUAUGUAAUCAAGAUGCUUUUGUGUUAAUUGAUUCUGGAUCAACACAUUCCUUUAUGUCUAGGACAUAUGUAUCUAGAUUCAAUAGACCCAUAGAAUCAUUGCCUUAUUUGUUGUGUGUAUUUGCUCUAUCUGGGGAGUCUGUGUUAUGUGCAUCUGUAUAUCGUGUUUGCGAUAUGCACAUUGGAAGUGCAACUUUAUAUGUGGAUAUAUUGGGUUUGUUUGGACAUGAUGAGUUUAUAUUUAUGGGUAAUGGGGGUUGUGCCUCCACCUUAUCUGAUUUCAGCAUGAAGGCAUGUAAAUUGCUCAAGAAAGGAUGCCAAGGUUAUCUAUGUAGUGUGAUGACUGAACAACCCAUGAAUGUUGAACUAGAUAGUAUUCCUGUUGUUAGAGAAUUUCCGGAUGUAUUUCCAAAUGGAUUGCUAGGGGAAUUGGUUGAUAGGGAGAUAUAG